AAUAGCUCAUUAUUUAAUUAUAGUAUCAACAUAAGAAUACUUCUCUACAAUAUUAUAAUGAAAUUUAUUCUCUCACACUUCCGGUCACCAUAAAGCCCUGGUUUGAGACAUCCCUCUCCCACCGGCCGGCUUUAUUUGUUAAUAAAACCAGACAAAGGAUUCAGUUCAGUCGUUCACCUGCGCUUUGUGUCUCUUGGACUCGCGUCUGCUAAACUCGUUGCACGAGCAAUAUUUAAGUAGUAUUAUUUAUUAUCUUGAGAAAUUAAAGAUGGAGAGAGAAACAAACAUGAAGGCUUGCCCCUACAAUGAGGAGCACCUAAUACAUCGAUCUAGAUUCGUGAAGCACGUCUUGAAAUGUGCUAAGAAUUAUCCACCCAAGUAUAAGGAGUCAUGCCCAUUCAAUGCAACUCACAUAAUGUUCCACUCUGAGCUGGAAGAGCACAUGAACUUGUGCCCAGACAAAAAGGGAGUCAAUCCGGGGUUGUACGCUUAUGCCAAGAAACAUGGAUCCGUGAAAGCACCAACUCCAUCAGAGUUCGAGGAUGCCCUGACAUGUGUCGACACCUGGGACGGCAAUAUCGAUAAUCGCCUGAAGGACUUCACUGAUACUAGCUCAGUGGCCAGCGAUACUGAUGAAUCAACAUGCACACUUUACAAGUCUGUGAAACAUCCCACGGAUGCUAUGAAACCAUUGCGUCCGCCGAGGGAAUAUGGAUGGCCCAUAACAAUGGAGUUUGGUUAUAAUGGUGCAGAGGAUGUCGAGUCAGUCGUGAGCAGUCUUGCUCCGGGUGGUCGUGGCAUCAGACCAAUCUCAGCGGGACUAAUGAACUCACCGAUGCUGUCAGGACGUGGUGGCGGUCGAAAACGUCUUUAAAAGCCUUUAGGUAUGAUUGGUCAGUUACGAAUGCAGUUAAAUGAAUAAAAGAAAACUACAAAACAAAAAUCCUGUUCUAAUUAAAUAAUAAGUACUAUUCUUGAAACUAGUAUCUUAUUUCCAUAUCAACGGUGAUAGACCCUCCAAUCGAAAAAAAAACAAAAAAAGACAGUGCUUAUCAUUAUUGUAUUUCGAAAUAUUUUGGUAUCAAAAUUGCUGAAAGAAAAUUUAGUUUAAUAAAUUGAAUUCAAUUUCCUCACGUUUUUUUUUUGUGUUUUAAUAAAUAAUGAAAAUAACAAAUUUU